AUGACUCUUCGGAACUCCAUCCUUUUGAUCCCAUCAGUCUCCAUUGCCAAUAUCCCACAGUUGGCACUGGACCUCUUACUACAUUCACUCGAAUUCAAGAAGGUUGCCACGCUUUCUGACGAUUACUUGUACCCUUUUGUGUCCCCAGUCGACCAUGCUUCAACAUCUCAACCCCCAGGAGGUGUGUCCUUUGGGCUUGAGGUCUUUUUUUGCAAAGGCCAAAAUUUAACUUUGAUUCAGCAGCGUGCACCUCUUAUGCCGGGGUUUCCUGCUAGACAUGUUGCCGAAGUAAUUGUGCCCUUUGUUGAGGCUAGUCAAUUUAAGCAUGUAGUGGUUUUGCAUCUGUUGGACGCUGGUUUGGCAAGGGGAGUAUUGCCUGGAGAUGUUCUGAUUUUCACCUCCGAAGAUGUUUUAACAGAGUCUUUCAGCUCACUCAGCAUUUCAAAAACGGCAACAGAUCCAACAGCUGUCAUAGCACAAGAUACUUCGCCUUACGCCAAAGCCCUCGUCGAUAUUAUUUCCAAAUACUCGACCCUCAGCUUGAUUGUGAUUUAUGCUUAUGAGGGCGAUAAUCUCUACGAUGCCCAAGUUAUGGGCAGAAAAUCUGCCGAUUUCUUACUGUUGAGGGUAGAAGAAUGGAGAAGCCCAGUGAGUUGGUAUGGGGUCUAUGGUGAUAAGCCUGUUCCUCUGGCUAUGGAGGAAGGCAUGUAUGGUUGA